GUCACAUCCUUUGCUCUGCAUCCAUUUCCUUCAUGGAGACCUUCGUAUUGCUUGCUGCCUUCCCGCUGAUCCUUCCCGACCUCAGAUCUGCAUUUUCUUCAUUGGUAGAUACGCGUCAAGUGUUCUCCGUGAUGAUGAUGCAGAAGCAGCUGCUGUCCCUUAUCUGGUUUGUGGUAGUAAGCUUCGCCGUUGCUGGUGCACGGGGCUCAUCUGAGGCGCCCUUUGACAAUGAUGCUCAUCGCGGCCUCCAGCAGCAAUUCCGGACCUGCCAGGCCCGAUCCAGCAUCUGCGUGAACAACGCUGUCUGCUGCUCGAGAAAGUAAGAAUGAGUGAAUCGCGUCAAGCCACUCACGUGUCACUCUGCACUGUUCGCACUGUCCUGUGUGUGUGGGUGUCCACUGCAGUUGUGUUGCGGGCCGUUGCUGGGAGAAGGGCGUCUAUCAGGAUGACGGUGGCGAGUGCCGCUACAACAACGACUGCCAGAGCAACCGGUGCGUCGGACGAGAGGGCACCACAUUCGGCACAUGUAAGUCGCCUACGAAAGAACCAUGGAUGUGCGACUCGGCUCGUGUGAGCCAUUUCUCCAUCUCUGAAUGCUUGCCUGUCUGUGUGUCUGUCUGUGUGUCAGGCCGCCCUGCCGGCACCAGCACUCAGCCAGGGGACACAGAUGACGUCAAGGAAGAUGAUGAGAAUGGCGAGCCUGAUGUGCCGCUGAGCCGUCGGGCCUUUCGAAAUCAGUUCGAUGAGUCGAGUGACUUCAUCUUUGACUUCAACACCGCGCGAGCUGAGGCCGACACAAACGGACAGGGCGGAGCUGUGACAGGAGGUACGUACGCGACGGAUGGCUGCACUGCACGAGGGAUGUAUCUCGCUGACAAGACAAUAUAUGUUGUCACUGCCUUGUCUGCUUCCCUUGGUCUUGUCUGUUUGUGCAGCCAGCGUCAGUCAAUGGCCGGCCCUGAGCGGUCAUGGGCUCAGCCACACGCUGGUUGACCUCGCCCCCUGCUCCAUCAACACGCCACAUGUCCACCCCCGAGCCACAGAGAUCAUCUACAUCAUCAAAGGACGGUAAGCAACAUGCACAGAGGACCAACUGAACCCACCAUGUACUUGUCUUUUUUGUCUGUCACCAUGUGUGCAUGCUGUGCUGUCAGGGUGAGCGUUGGCUUUGCCGAGGAGAACGGCGGCCGCAUCGUCACGAAUGACGUCAAGGAGGGCGACACUGCCUUCUUCCCCCACACACUUAUCCACUGGCAGUUCAAUCCCACAUGCGAACCAGCCCAGUUCAUCGCCACGCUCAACAGCGAUGACGGCGGAGUGCAGACCAUCGCACAAGCCUUCUUUGGCCUCCCUGACGACGUGCUGGCCACUGCCCUGGGAGUGGACGAGUAUGAGGUUGCGGUGCUGCGCGAGGAGCUGCCGGCCGGCCCUGCCCUGGGGCUGCAGAGAGAAGAGUGCAGACGGAAAUGUGGCCUGUGAGCAGGCAGGGUCGUGUGUGUCGGUCUUCUGCACACUCGAUCUACGAUCUGAGAGGUCUGACUGACUGAGGCGUGUGAGAUGCGUGAGGUGUUGGGAGUAAGCCCACAGCUGGUGUAUCGUAUCGGCAUGUGGGCUGGCUUGCUAGACCACACGCAUGGACCAUACCUACCUCAAUCGACCGCUGCGUGCGUGCGAGUGUGUCUGCCUGCCUGACUUGCCUUGCCGUGUUCCUUCCUUGCAUGCAUGGCCAUGCGGUCGGUGUACUUAGACUGAUUUGUAUAGCUUGCAGGUGGUGUUUGGAUGAAUAGCUAUGAGUGCGUGUUGAUAGAUACCUUAAGGGCUGGACUGGCCACUGGCGCGCCCACCGAGUGCUCGAAGGGGCCUCUUGAUGGUGACUUACUUGUUGACUGUCGCUCUUGUGUGUGUGAAGGGUGUGUGGGCUGUGUUGGAGACGACUUACCGAACGAAGGAGGCGGUGGUGCGGUUAAUGAGUCGUCAUCGAGCAAGGUGGAUGAGGUGGUGCGGGCGUUGGGGGUGACUGACGUUUU